AUGGAGAUUGUCACACAUUUAAUCAAUGACACCAUAGAAUUCUACAAAUGGACCCUAACUAUAGCAGACAAGCGAGUGGAGAAAUGGCCUCUGAUGGACAACCCCCUGCCCACACUGGCCAUCAGCACCUCCUACCUGCUCUUCCUCUGGCUGGGGCCCAAAUACAUGAAGAACAGAGAGCCCUUCCAGCUCCGCAAAACCCUCAUUGUCUACAACUUCAGCAUGGUGUUCCUCAACUUCUUCAUCUUUAAAGAGCUGUUCAUGGCGACGCGGGCCGCAGGCUACAGCUACAUUUGUCAACCGGUGGACUAUUCGGACGACCCCAACGAAGUCAGGGUGGCAGGAGCUCUGUGGUGGUAUUUCAUCUCCAAAGGCAUUGAGUACCUGGACACAGUGUUUUUCAUCCUGAGGAAAAAAUUCAACCAGGUUACCUUCCUGCAUGUUUACCACCACUGCACCAUGUUCACACUCUGGUGGAUCGGGAUUAAAUGGGUGGCAGGAGGACAGUCAUUCUUUGGUGCACACAUGAACGCAAUGAUCCAUGUCUUGAUGUAUCUGUAUUAUGGCCUGGCCUCCUGUGGACCUAGGAUCCAAAAGUACCUGUGGUGGAAGAAGUAUUUGACCAUCAUCCAGAUGAUUCAGUUCCACGUCACCAUCGGCCACACGGCCCUGUCCCUCUACGCCAACUGCGACUUCCCCCACUGGAUGCACUACUCCCUCAUCUGCUACGCCAUCACCUUCAUUAUCCUCUUUGGCAACUUCUACUACCAGACCUACCGCCGCCAGCUGCCCAGACGCGACACCUCCUCUUCUUCCAAAGCAGGCAAGGCCUUGUCCAACGGGACCCUCAAUGGGCUCAGCAAGGCUGCCAAUGGAGCAGUGGUCAUGGGGAGCAAAGAGGAAAAGCCCCAGGAGAACUCUGGGAGGAGAAAGAGGAAAGGAAGAGCUAAAAGAGAUUAG